AUGGUGGUCCGGGUAUCGCACUCAGGCGGCAGUAAGCACAUGGACGUGGAUGCACAGGGGCUGGGGCGGGGUUGUGGUUUCGUGCCCGGGAGCCACGUGCAGCUCCAUCUCCGUCAUUAUUGCUGUGCGUGCGGAAACGUAUGUGCUCUAUUGGUGAGCGCCGGGCACUGUAGGUUGACACGAACACAUCGGCCUCCGUGUUGCUGGACCUGCGCCGCAGGAUCUGUUUGUUUUUCCUUCGGACGUCACACCCAUCUAAAAGAGAACUCUGACGGAAAAGCUCGCAGCAGUUCUGCAUAG